CUAGCGGGGUCACUCACUAUAUUCUCGUAUAUAUCUCAGUCUGCGUCUGAACGUUGGUUUAGCUGUUUAUUUUUGUGUAUUAGCUUGUAGGUAUUUUGUGCCGUGGGCCCCUUGUGCGUCGCAAACUGAUGAGCAAGUCUACUUUAGCCUUUUAGUACAGCAUGCGAAAACGUAAAAGUCAGAGAAAGCUUGAGACAAAACGAUAACUUUCUGUGAAAGACAAAAAGUAUGCCGGUCUUACCGACUAUACCAACAUGAGGAGUAAUAGGGGCGACAGGAUUACGACAACAAAAACGACGAUAAGCCAAAACGAAUUUAAUACAUGCAGUCGGGUACAACAAAUAGAACAACGGUAGCAGAGCUACAAGGCUUAAAAAAUGAAUCUUAUCAAUAUGGACGCGGAAAAUCGCGUAGUAUUAAAUGUUGGUGGCAUCAGACACGAGACAUACAAAGCCACAUUAAAGAAGAUUCCCGCGACCCGUCUCUCACGUUUGACCGAGGCUCUUGCAAACUACGAUCCGAUCCUCAACGAGUAUUUCUUUGAUCGGCAUCCGGGUGUUUUUGCUCAGGUACUUAAUUACUAUCGUACAGGCAAACUGCAUUAUCCUACAGAUGUGUGCGGGCCACUUUUCGAAGAGGAACUUGACUUUUGGGGUCUCGAUUCAAAUCAGGUUGAACCUUGCUGUUGGAUGACCUAUACCCAGCAUCGUGACACACAAGAGACGCUAACCGUCCUGGACAGAUUGGAUCUUGACACUGAAAAACCGAGCGAUGAAGAACUUGCACGGAAAUUUGGCUUCGAAGAGGCUUACUACAAGAACCAGCUUACUUGGUGGCAGAAGCUCAAACCAAAAAUGUGGUCUCUUUUUGAUGAACCAUACUCCUCCAAUGCUGCCAAGAUAAUUGGUGUAAUCUCGGUAUUUUUCAUCUGCGUAUCAAUCCUGUCAUUUUGCUUGAAGACUCAUCCAGACAUGCGAGUGCCGGUAAUCGUAAACAAAACCGUAUAUGCAAGUAAUGGUACAUCCUGGGUUCUGGACAAGACUCACACCAAUGCUCAUGAUGCCUUUUUCUAUAUCGAAUGCGUUUGCAAUGCUUGGUUUAGUUUGGAGUUCCUCAUUCGUAUCACUGCUAGUCCAAAUCGCUGUGAAUUUAUUAAGAGCUCAGUGAAUCUUAUAGACAUGAUUGCGACAUUAAGUUUCUACAUCGACUUGGCGCUGCAAAGGUUCGCAUCUCACUUGGAAAAUGCUGAUAUUCUUGAAUUUUUCAGUAUAAUUCGCAUUAUGCGAUUAUUCAAGUUGACAAGGCAUUCGUCUGGCUUGAAAAUUCUUAUCCAGACAUUCCGUGCCUCGGCCAAGGAACUGACCUUACUGGUCUUUUUCCUAGUCCUCGGCAUCGUCAUCUUCGCGAGUCUGGUUUAUUACGCCGAGCGCAUUCAAUACAACCCCAAGAAUGACUUCAAAAGCAUACCACUGGGUCUAUGGUGGGCCCUAGUCACGAUGACCACGGUCGGCUAUGGCGAUAUGGUGCCCAAGACCUACGUAGGCAUGUUUGUAGGCGCUCUUUGCGCUCUCGCCGGUGUACUUACAAUCGCCCUGCCGGUGCCCGUGAUCGUCAGCAACUUUGCGAUGUAUUACAGUCACACGCAGGCGCGAGCCAAGCUCCCGAAGAAGAGGCGUCGAGUACUUCCCGUGGAGCAACCUCGGGUUCGAGUACCCGGGGUGUCGGGGACCGGCAGUGGCCCAGGAUCCGGUUUAUCCGGACCAGGUCAUCCACCGCCGGUCACCGGCCACUGUCAGGCCAUCAACACUGAUACUGGAAUGACUAUAACUAAGCAUCAACGAUCUAAUGCACUGAAACCCAACCAUCCCAAGGAUCUCUUUGCAACUAAACCGGACGAAGAUCGGAAAAGCACAAAUUUGCGGACUAACGGGACCAAAACAGCUGCAAGUAUGGGUUAAUCAAUACUAAAAAAACACGCAUCUGUGAGUAAACGCCUAUGCUACAAAGGAUGAGAAAAUUAUUGUUUAUUGUUUCAAUACUUAAACAAGUGCUCAGCAGAUAAAUGCAAAUUUGUAUGUAGAAAACUAUCGUCACCCCAAGGAUAACAAUUGAGAAUUUCAAGAAUUAAUAUCAUAAAAAUAAAUCCUAGUUU